CGCAGCUGGCUCCUUUAGGAAUACUGGAGUGCCGUGAAUCUACCUUGGACAGUUACCACUGAUUCGUGCAUGAUUAUCGUCAUUACCAGCAUUAUCUUUUCUGUUCUUGUUUCUUUGUCCGACCGAUUUUUUUUCGUUACUCUCCAUCUGGAUUCUUCACCGGUUCAAUGGAUUUGGGCUUCGACAUAGAGGCCAAUCAUGGAUACGAGGUGAUGCGUUCGGACUGGAACGUUUAAAAUUACUUCUGUACGACACAUAGCCUAAUUUGUACGCCUGUCUAUCGCCGUGGCGACUGUUGUUUCUCAUUGUCACAAAAUGGUCAGCUCGCGCUCGCUUUCUGUGAUGCGAUAUUGUAUUUGAUGUGCGCAAAUGCAGUUAAUUUUUAUGCACGUAUUGUUCUCGUUCACAACAGCCUAUUUUCGCAUUCCUGCAGUGCUCAAAGAUAUUUUUUUCGAUGACGUAAAAAAUGGCCAGCAAGAAAAGAGCGACUGAGUUGUCCCUCACUCUCAGCAAUUCCAAUGGAAUCAGUUAGGCUUUUUUAAGGCCGUGUUUCAGACAUCGUUUUUACAGACCUAUACAUAUAUAUAUAUAUAAACAAAAUGUCCGUCAUGCCGUUCCUGGCUGUAACCUAGUCGGCAAAUAAGUGAGAAGAGGAGGGCGUCAACAGGUUUCCAUCGCUAUAAGGACAUGGAUUUCGUGCAAGUGAUUCUGUGCUUUAUGGCGUGCUGGAGCGGCGCAGGAGCAGUUUUCAAUCUGAAAUACACAGUGGAGGAAGAAUUGCGCGCGGGAACGAAAAUCGCCAAUGUCACUGCGGACGCGAAAGUGGCUGGAUUCGCGCUCGGGAAUCGGCAGCCUUUUUUGCGAGUAAUCUCCAAUUCCGAACCGCGAUGGGUAAACCUAAGCCCGGCAGGACUGCUCCUCACUAAGCAGAAAAUCGAUCGCGACGCUGUUUGCCGGCAGAUGCCGAAGUGCACCAUUUCUCUGGAGGUAAUGUCCAACUCGAUGGAGAUAUGCGUGAUUAAAAUCGAGAUCCUGGACGUGAACGAUAACGCGCCCCGAUUCCCCACCAGCCAUAUCGACAUCGAGAUCUCGGAAAACGCCGCUCCAGGCACGCGGUUUCCCCUAGAGGGCGCAAGCGAUCCGGACUCGGGAAGCAAUGGCGUUCAGACUUACUCCAUCACCCCCAACGAUAUUUUCGGCCUGGAGAUCAAGACCAGGGGAGACGGAUCUAAAAUAGCCGAGCUCAUAGUAGAAAAAACUCUGGACAGGGAAACACAGUCUCAUUAUACGUUUGAAAUCACGGCCGAGGAUGGAGGAGAACCACCAGAGACUGGGAGUGUACAACUUAACAUCAAAGUAAUUGACUCCAAUGAUAAUAAUCCUGUGUUUGAUGAGCCCGUUUACACCGUUAAUGUGAUGGAAAAUUCUCCUAUAAAUACAUUAGUAAUAGACUUGAAUGCCACUGAUCCAGAUGAAGGAAUAAACGGUGAGGUUGUAUACUCAUUUAUUAAUUUUGUGUCCAACCUGACUAAACAAAUGUUCAAAAUUGAUCCCAAAACUGGCGUCAUAAGUGUAAAUGGAAUUUUAGACCAUGAAGAACUGCGUGUGCAUGAAAUAGAUGUUCAAGCCAAAGAUCUGGGUCCAAAUUCCAUUCCAGCUCACUGCAAAGUGAUUGUCAAUGUAAUAGACGUCAAUGACAAUUCACCAGAAAUUAAGCUUUUGUCUGAAAACAGUGAGAUGGUAGAUGUCAGUGAGAAUGCACCUCUUGGAUAUGUCAUCGCACUGGUGAGAGUUUCAGACAAUGAUUCAGGUGCAAACGGGAAAGUGCAGUGCAGACUGCAGGGCAACGUGCCUUUCAGACUCAAUGAGUUUGAGAGCUUCUCCACCUUACUUGUUGAUGGCCGACUAGACAGGGAGCAGAGAGAUAUGUACAAUCUUACUAUCUUGGCUGAGGAUAGUGGUUAUCCCCCACUGAGAAGUUCAAAAUCUUUUGCAGUUAAAGUAACAGAUGAAAAUGACAACCCCCCUUAUUUCACAAAGCCACAUUACCAAGCAAUGGUGUUAGAAAAUAAUGUCCCAGGUGCAUUCCUGCUUGCAGUGUCUGCUAGAGAUCCUGACCUGGGAAUGAAUGGCACAGUGUCUUAUGAAAUCAUCAAAUCAGAAGUUCGAGGAAUGUCAGUGGAGUCAUAUGUUACUGUAAACUCAAAUGGAGAAAUUUAUGGGGUCAGGGCUUUUAAUCAUGAAGACACACGGACAUUUGAAUUUAAGGUCUCUGCCAAAGAUGGGGGAGAUCCUUCAUUAACAAGUAAUGCCACUGUGCGAAUUGUUGUUCUGGAUGUAAAUGACAAUACACCUGUGAUGACGACCCCACCACUCGUUAAUGGCACUGCGGAGAUUUCCAUCCCUAAAAAUGCUGGUGUUGGUUAUUUGGUUACUCAAAUCAAGGCUGAUGACUAUGAUGAGGGAGAAAAUGGAAGACUGACAUAUUCCAUCUCAGAGGGAGACAUGGCAUACUUUGAAAUUGACCAGAUUAAUGGUGAGGUGCGGACCACAAAAAUGUUUGGAGAAAACGCCAAACCGUCCUAUCAAAUCACCGUUGUGGCCCAUGACCAUGGCCAGACAUCUUUAUCUGCUUCUGCGUACAUCAUUAUCUACCUCUCUCCGGACCUUGACACACAGGAGCAGAUUGGAUCAGUAAACCUGUCCCUCAUCUUCAUCAUCGCUCUGGGAUCCAUUGCUGCUAUUUUGUUUGUCACAAUGAUCUUUGUAGCCGUGAAGUGCAAAAGGGAUAACAAGGAAAUUCGCACAUACAACUGCAGUUUUUUGUACCUGCGCAGGGUGGCGGAGUACUCCUAUGGCAACCAGAAGAAGUCAAGCAAAAAAAAGAAAUUGAGCAAGAAUGAUAUCCGCCUGGUGCCACGAGACAUGGAGGAGACAGACAAGAUGAAUGUGGUGAGCUGCUCAUCCCUCACAUCCUCUCUCAACUACUUUGACUACCACCAGCAGACACUGCCACUGGGCGGCAGACGCUCUGAGAGUACCUUCCUCAACGUGGAAAGCCAGAACUCAAGAAAUGCUGCACCGAACCAUGGCUACCACCACACCUUCACUGGGCAGGGCCCACAACAGCCCGACCUAAUCAUCAACGGCAUGCCACUGCCAGAGACAGAGAAUUAUUCCAUUGACUCCAGCUAUGUAAACAGCAGAGCACACCUCAUCAAAAGUACAUCAACAUUUAAGGACAUGGAGGGUAACAGCCUAAAGGACAGUGGUCAUGAAGAAAGUGACCAGACGGACAGUGAGCAUGACGUACAGAGGGGCCACUAUGCUGACACAGCUGUGAAUGAUGUACUCAAUAUGACUGUGCCUCCCAACAGCUGCCAACUAUCAGAUCCAGAUCCCUCAGAAGGCUUCCACUGCCAGGACGAGUGUCGGAUCCUGGGCCAUUCAGACCGCUGCUGGAUGCCACGUGUGCCAGUGCCAGCGCAUGUCAAGUCACCCGAACACAGUCGUGAUGUCAUUGCCCUGUCUAUUGAGGCUACUGGCAUGGAUUUGCCACAUUAUGAGGAUUGUGGUACCACCAAAAGGACUUUUGCCACCUUUGGCAAGGACGGGCCAGAUGAGGAGCCAAAAGGCAAGAGGACAAAUGAGAUGACCACAGGCAUCUGCAGCCCUAAAGCUAACAGUGGCAUUCGUGAGGCUGGAAAUGGGCGUGAGGCUAUUAGCCCCAUCACAUCACCAGCACACAUUAAGAGCCCGCAGUCCAAGCCACCCACUGGCUACAACUCAUUAAAAUGCUGCGAUGUUGAGCGUAUCGCAAACCAUAGUCUGCUACGCCAGCCAGAGGGCAAAGACAGCGAGCCAGCCUUGCGUGAGAUCAACACAUUACUGCAGGAUGGACGGGAGAAGGAAUCCCCUAGUAGCAAGCGCCUGAAGGAUAUUGUGCUUUAACUAGCUCGCAGACACUCGCACCUAGGCUGGAAGUGCUGUUCUGAGUGUGUGUUUAUAUGGGAGAGAAAGAAGGGGCACACAGCUUUGUCUCUAGAGAGAAAAAGUGCAUACAUUUAGUAAGCACCAUGGAAGAGUAUGUUGGACUGAAAAUGUAUCUGCCAGGCUCAGGCAGCAGAAGCCAAGGCUUUGCAGUAACAAGAAUUCUUGUCUUAUUUGUUUGUUUUACUUCUGUUUCUCUUAUGGCAAACAGUGGACAAACGGGUCAGUGUUAGCUGUGUGCAUGCUAAUCCCUUCCCCCUUUUUGUCUCACUCAGUCUUUUUUAAUCAUUAUGCAGGAAAGAUAUUUUGGUGGACCAGGGGUACCAUCUGAGUACACUCAUUGCCUUUUAGACUCAUAAUAGACUUCUUUUGGAUAAUACCUUUUUCAGUGUGCAGUUUGCUUCAGCUGCCAAAUGGCCCCAUUGUACCCAGAGAGAAUAAUCCAUUGUUCUGGAGGAGAACUUUCUCAUGUUCUGCACUGCCCAGCUCAGCUCUUCCAACAUUGGGUGUACGUGAAUGUGUGGGAAUGCUCUGCAAAUCUCAUUUCAUUUCCUUUCUUCUUUCCUCAUCAGAUAGGACAAAGCUCUUCGGGUUUCCUCAAUACAUUGUUUAAUAUAAUAAGCAAUUAAAACUUAUAUGUUUAUUACCGCAAAUUAAGUUAAUUCUCACAAUUCUCUGAAGUUGGUGAAACAUGUUCCAUGGGAAAAAAGACUCCUUGCCUUUGAAAUCUUCUGUGCACAUUCUUGACUGUAGCCAAUGGAGCAUUGUGCUCUGGUCUUGUUUGUUUUUUUUCUCCCCUUGCUUUAUAUUUGUUGUUAUUGUUUUUGUUUUUUGUUUUUAACUUAUCUAUGGGACUAGCAUAGAAGAGGUCGUCAUUCAUGUCUUGCUAUGUGAAACUCUGUAUAGGGUUUACUAUGAUAAUUUUUAAUAACCUGUUGUUAUGUGACAAUCCCUUUAAUGUUUUGUUGAGUAAAAACAAAAAAACAAAAACAAAAAAAUAAACCCUGGUGUUCAACUGAAGCUACAGUAGCAUUUGUUACACAAACACAAAAAAGGAAAGAAAUGUGAAAAUAUAUUUUAUAAAUAAUUUAAAUAUAUAUAAUGAUAAUAUUUAAUGCUGUUGUUGUUCUUUUAUCAACAAGAUACACUUGAAAUUAACAGGCUUUUUAAAUAACUGAUUACUUUUGCUUUCAACUGAUC